UUACGGCGACAAAAUACACAAAAAAUUAGCACUCAUGACUAUAGAGUAACAGGAAGCCGAGUUAAGAGUUCAUGGUUUAAACAACAAGUUUGUCAACUUCCGAGUGAUCCAGGUCCAUGCCGAUCGAACAAAGCUCGUUACUACUACGACACAAAAACAGGUCAAUGUCGUAUAUUUCUCUACGGAGGAUGCUUAGGCAACGCGAAUCGAUUUGUCACACGUAGAGAAUGUGAGAUUGCCUGCGCGGAAUUCCCCAGUCGUGUGAUGAUGAAAUCUAAUGUGAGCAGUGAUGGACAAGGACCGGAAACGGCUGUGAAAAUAAAGGAGGCGGAAUCGGAGCCUCAGCCAAUUUCUGUGGAAGUAUUUGACCGAAUGUGGAGAAUUACACAACAUCACACUGAUCAUUUCCGUAAGUUACACCGCAGUCAUUCUACCCAUACCAUUGUAUCUUCCGAUAACUUGCAAUAUCUAGCUUGGGAUUUGUGUCUCGAAAGUCACUCGUACGGCACGUGUCCGGUCUCAAAUCUGCAUCACAUGAACGCUCCAGGCUACCCGCACGCUCAACUUACGCGAUACUUCUAUGACAGACGUUUGGGCAAAUGCCAACCAUUCACCUACACGGGUUGUGGCGCGCGAGGCAAUCAUUUUGAUACGAUUGAUUCGUGCAAAAUUAUUUGUGAAGAUCGUCUGCGCAAUCCAAGUGAGUAUGUGACAAAAAUGUUGACGCUAGAGGUGACCAACAGCAGGAAAUUUUUCUUACGUGAAUGUUCCCCUACUCUCCCUUUUACAGUAUGCUAUUUGUCCAUGAGGAUUUCCCCUUUUAAUGUAAUUCACCUUGUGUGUUUAAAAAUCCUGGAACCGUUAUUUUUGGUAUUUCGUGACUACUAA